GGAUAUGUAGCGGCAGGUAACGCUCGCUUACGGAAUCAAGAACAUGGCCAUAUUCAGAAAAGGCAUGGCGUAAGGUCUCAUCGGUGGUGUUCCAGGAAAGGUUUCUUGUGGAUUAAUUAAUGCGAGGUCAUUUGACUGGAAAUUGAUGACAGAGAACUUACCCAACAAAAAUUUUGGCAGACAUGAUGAACAGAAGGCUGCUGUAUAUUGCGGUAACAGUUGGGACGGAGGAAAUUGCAGAAAUGGAGGGGUAUUUAUUUGGGGGGCACGGCUCAGCUCAGCUCUUCAGCUCAGCUCAGCUCUUCAGCUCAGCUCAGCUCUUCAGCUCAGCUCAGCUCUUCAGCUCAGCUCAGCUCUUCAGCUCAGCUCAGCUCUUCAGCUCAGCUGAGCCUGCAUACCCCACCUUGAGAUCACACGUCCGGUUACCAGUCACGUGCUAUAGGCUUCUCCGAACCCGAUAUCUUGGCAGGACUCCUUACGUCACAAUUCCAAAGGCAAUAAAAAGAGUUGAAGUAUGUUACAAGGUGCAUACUAGACGCAUCGAGUGUCCUCCAUCAAGAUGGAUACAUCAAUACAGGUUAGUUUUCAAGUAGACCAUUAGAACGUGUAUACUGGCCAUCUAGAUAUCAAGCCAGACAAUGUUUUUGUUAACUAUAAGGAGGAUCGCAGUGAUAACAGGUUUUCAGAAGCUCAAAUCAGUGAUCUUGGCAGCUGUUGCCCUGCUGGCAGUCCCUUCGCGAAGCAUGGUACGCCUGUAGGAGCGGCCAUG